AUGAAAGUUAUAUUGUUGAUUCUGUUCUGUUCCAUUGUUGACUCUCAACUUCUGAGAGACAAUUGCUCAAAUUUUGAUGAUUCAAACUGGGAAAACACGCUGAAAUUGGUUCAUGAGAAAGGACAAGAGGUUGAAACUGAUGAACCUAAACUGCUUCGCAAGUAUCCCUUCAUCCGAGACAUUCCCAAGUUCUUAAGAAGCAAAUCAUGCUGGAGUAAGAUCAACAGCACUAAAUUGAUUGAAUUCAAAGAGAAGCAGUCAAAGAUUAUGGAAGAUGAUGUUUUCAAAAACUAUUUCACUGACACUGAACGCAAAAUUUAUGAUAAUUACUAUUCUCACGAGACGAAACAGAUAAGACGAGGAUUGCCUGUUCUGACUUGUGUGCGUUACGAAAGGUCAGAAAAUCUAAAGAAAGAACGAGAUACUGUCUAUUCAUCAAGAGCUCCGCUGACGUUUCCAAUUUGUUUUUUGACCUUCACAAUCAAUACCAAAACGCAUGAUUUGAAGAUAAUUGAUGGUGCUGGAGCUUCUGCUCCAUUGCAAAGAGUUGCUGAUUGCACAAAAGCUGAUUCAUGUGUGAUAAUGAUGGAUAAUGCUACUAUCCAUAAGGAGGAGGAAGUUGAAAUGACUUGUUGCUGUACAACUCAUUCAUGUAACUCACGUCCAAUCAUCCUGGAUCCAAUAGUGAUUCCGAAGAAGAAGAAGACUACAACUGGCGAUCCUACGAGCACAACAGUACAAAACUCUUAUCUGAGAGAUACUUCUGAAACUCAAUGGUACCAAUUCAGUUCAAUUGUUACUUUCUUCCAACGAGUAAAUGCCGAAUUCUUCAUAAUCAUUGCCUUGAUAUCAGUAAUUGUAUAUCAAAAUGCUUUUCUGAUCAAGAAAAAGUGUGAGAAAACACCAAAUGUGGAGGAGUAUUCGAUUGUACCUGUCAACCAGUGA